GAAGCGGAAGGAGUUUCCUUCCAGGGCGGAAAGGGAGAGAGGUCGUGCUGGGCUCCACGGCUUCUCCUCAUGGCUCGCGUGCCGCGCACGCUGCUGAUCUUCGGCGGCUUCGUGGCCGUGCUGGGGGCGGCCUUCUACCCCAUCUACUUUCGGCCCCUGAUGCACCUCGAGGAGUACAAAAAGGAGCAAGCAAUAAAUCGAGCUGGUGUUAUACAAGAAGAUGUUCAGCCUACAGGAUUAAAAGUAUGGUCUGAUCCAUUUGGAAGAAAGUAAGGACUUCUUUGGGUAGGAUCUCACCAAUGAAUGUAUUUUCCCUUAUUCCAUCAGUGAUGCUUCUGGUUCUUUGAGUCAACCGAGAUCAUGCAGGAAAAGAACUCCACACGUGGAAUUGUUUUAUAAUAUCACUUUACAUAAAGAGCAGUAGCAGCUGUUGGCUCUCAAGAGAUAAAGCCCACUGUUUCCCCAGUGAUGUAGUAGGAAACGCUGCAGUGAAUGUUUUCUAUUAACCAAAUGGAAUAAUUGCCUUUUUCUUCAUUGGAGGAAUGAAGGAGAAUUGCUUUGGUGAAUGUAGUGUAAACAUUACCAGAGUAGAUUAUGGAACUAAUGAGGUGCGAGAGAGUUUUAAAUUAUGUACAUUGAUUGUAACAUUUUUGUUGAACUAAACUGUAGUACUGCAGUUCAGUUUGCAUGGAUUUUGUUGUUAAGAGAAAAACUCAGUUUCAGAUAACUUAUUAAUGUGUAAACUCGCUGUUCAAAAGUAAAGAUUUGGAUGUGUUGACUUAUUUCUGUAUAUAAAUCUUUUGAAUGACUA